GAGACAGAAGAAGAGAGAGAGAGAGGAAGAGAGACGUAGAGAACAGGGAGUCUAGCUCCAUCACAGACGGACGGUGUGGUGUGAUACUGGGAUACUGUCAGGGGGCAGAGAGCUGGUUGCCUCUGGUUCCAGCUAACUGGCUUCUCUCAGAACAACAGCUGAUGGGAUGUGCUGUGCUGGACUGCAUUCAACAACGGACAUUCAUCACGCCUGGGGCUGAAGUUCCCCCACUCUACCUGGGAUGGGCUUGCCUUGUCCAAGCCUCAACUAGCAUUCGCUGACGUGACAUACUCACAUACACAUGUGUGUUUGUGUGUGAAAACACACUAACACAAAUCUCUCAGACACAGGAGAAACGUGGUUCCAUUGUGAGUUGUGCUGCUGGAUGAAUACUGGAUGGAUAGAAUAGCGAAAACAUUGAGGAGUGACUGACGCACCACAGCACACUGUCCGAGACACACAAAAGCCCACUGAAGCCUGCACUGAGGAAUUAUCUGCUGUCAGGACCUGAGGCUGCACGGGGCGAUAGGGAGAGACGGAGCCAGGGAGCCAGGCUCGGGCCACCACAGGGUGACGGUGCCGCUGUGCCGGAGAGGAGGGGACUCGCAACUCGGCGAUGGCGUCCUCCACCAUGCAGAUCCUCGCCUUCGCCCUGGCGCUGCUGGGCGUCCUGGGCGCCACCGUGGCCACGCUGCUGCCCAACUGGAAGGUGAGUGCUGACGUGGGCUCCAACAUCAUGACUGCCAUCUCCCAGAUGCAGGGGCUGUGGAUGGACUGCACCUGGUACAGCACCGGCGUGUUCAGCUGCACCUUGAAGUACUCCGUGCUGUCGCUGCCCGCCUACCUGCAGACCGCCAGGACGACAAUGGUUCUAUCGUGCAUGAUGGGUUGCCUGGGCCUCUGUCUCGCUGUCCUAGGGCUGAAGUGCACCCGCUGGGGGGGCAGUCACCGGGCAAAGGGGCACGCGGCCAUUGCCGCGGGGGGUUGCUUCAUCCUGGCUGGCAUUCUCUGCCUGGUGCCCGCUUCCUGGUUCACCAACGAGGUCAUCACCACCUUCCUGGACUCCAACGUGCCCGAGAGCAGUAAAUACGAGCCUGGGGGGGCCGUGUACGUGACCUUUGUCUCUGCCGGCUUCCUGCUUGCCGGUGGGGUCAUCUUUUGUUUGUCGUGUCCCGGAAAAAGAGACUACACCUCGACCUCCACCUCUACCACCUUUCCUGACAAACUACUGCAGCAGCAGAUAAACCAGGAGCAACUACAGCGCGACCUGAUACAGUGUGACCUGAUACAGCGCGAGCAACAGCAACGGGAGCAGAAGGACUUUAAACAGCAGACGUCGCCUAAUGAGCAGUCGAGCCAGGAGCAGCUACAGUGGGUUGACAAAGGGUCCCAGGGUAAGGUCCAAGCAGCUGACGACAUCCAGCAGGAGAAGCCUCUACAUGAAGACAAGGGAACGCAGCAGUUCUACUCUCCAUCCAGAGUCCCUCCAAAAGACACCCGGGCUGGCUACAGCCUGCAGGACUAUGUUUAAUAUGUUUUAUCCCUAAACCCUACUCUUGUUAGUGGGGUGGGGGGAGAAUCCUGAGGACAUUCUACUGGCUGCCUUGUGAAGGGGAGAGAGUGGAGAAAGAGGGGGAGGAAGGAUGGGAGGAGGAGGGAGAGAGUGGAGGGGAGAAAGAGAGGGAGGAGGCUAAUGACGUUGACAGCCUUAUCGCCACCUCUCAUCUGUUCUCUCUCGCUACUGCGAGCACAAGCAGUAAAGGUAUUCCCAAACUAUUGGAGAAAGACAGCUUGUGGAUCCAAAUUCCUGGUGCAAAUGCCUCCUUGACUGCUGCUGUGGUGGGCGGAAAGACACAAUGGUAGGGUAGAGUAGAGGUGCCAUAAAAAUGCACAAACACAGCGCAAGUACUGUCAAACCUGUGACAAGUUCCUUUAAAAACUGAUGCGGAGGCUUUUCCAUACCAAAGGUUUCAAUGAGAAAAAAGUGCUGAUGAUAACUAGCUGCUAAUAAUAAGCCAUCAGAACGUUUGCAUAGUAAGAUAGUGUCGAUAUGUCUGGAAAAAGGAAGGUGUAAAAGCCAUUCUUUGCAACCUUUUAGAACCCAUUUGCCUUGUGAGACAAAAAAUAAUCAUCAAUCAUAUCCAAAGCUAAACGGACUGAUUGAUAUUGAGUCUUCUUUGCAUGCUAAUUAUCUGUAGCUUGUUAAAUAACUCAGUGGAAUGCAGAGUAGUUACUGAAACAUAGUUACCAACGCUUGUGCCCAAAAGAAUGUGUAGAACUUCAACUGUCUGUAAAGGAGACUUAGAGAAGAUUAACAAAGUGAAAAGAGAGUUCAGAUUCCCACCAACACCAUACACAAACAUCCAGUCCAUUUUUUCCUGCAAGUUGUGGAGGGGAAUAAGGUGCAUGGCAGCGCAGGCUGUCAGAGAUAAUGAUCCUCUUUGCUUUCCCAUUAUCCCCUCGCUACGGCUGGAUGCACACUACUCGUUUACUGCACCCCCCCCCCCCGCAUGCACACACACACACAGAUACACACACACACCCUUGUCCUUCCUCUCCCUCUCUAGCUGCGAGGGUAAUAGGGUCUUGUACCCAAUCAUCUUUACGGCGUGUGUCCGUGUGUCAUUGCUGCAGGAGGCACAGCGGUAGGAGUCUGUUCUAUGGCCAGAGGUUAGCUGUCACAAGCUGCUGUCCCCUCGUGUUGACGGAGGGUAAUAGAGGCUACGUCCCAAUUGGCACCUUAUUCCCUAUUUAGGGCACUUCUUUUGACCAAGGCCCAUAGGGCACUACAUAGGGCAGGGUUCCACAAAAAGCGGUGAUUUUAUUUGGCUCCCCAAGUUUUCUGAGACAAGAAAUAUAAAUAAUUUUCGUAGUUGGAAAUAAAGAUGGUAAAAUCAUCCGAAAAUCAGAAAAUAAUUCCCUGCAGUCCCACACACACUGUGCACAAUGGAAAAACAAUGGAAAAACAAUGUCAGAUUUUUGGUUUAGUUGUCAUCUAAAUGUGUUYUCACUGACUUUUCAAAUGCAAUAUAGUAUCAUUGAUGAUACAGUGCAUUCUGAAAGUAUUCAGACCCCUUGACUUUUUCCACAUUACAGCCUUAUA